AUGGCAAGCGAUGGAGAAUUAAACAAGAGCAUUCAGCGCAUCCUAUGGAGCUAUUUAGGUGAGAGCUUAAAGGUGAAGUUCCUGGGCGUAUCAUCUUCAGAGAUUGUGUACCCAAGAGCAAAACAUUGCUGCUUGUUUAGGGAGAUAGACACUCGCAAUGACCCUGCUACUCAUAAUGAUAAGCAUGACAAAAUGUUUCACUUUUGGGUAAAUACAUUCUUCAUAGGACUGGAUGAAAAUUCAGACAAAGUAGAAAAUGGAAGUCUAGUUGCAGAUCAGGAACUUGAUGGUAUUUUCAGUACAGAGCGCUCAGAUAAUGAUAAGGAAUAUUUAAUCCUUACAUUAACAAAAAACGAUCUAGACAAAGCAAAUAAAGACAAAGCCAACAGAUAUUUCUCUCCAAACUUCAAGGUGAAGCUAUUUUUCACAAAAACAGUAGAAGAGCCAUCAAAUCCAGAGGCUAGCAGUUCAACUUCUGUAACACCAGAUGUUAGUGACAAUGAACCUGAUCAUUAUAGAUAUUCUGACACCACUGACUCUGAUCCAGAGAAUGAACCUUUUGAUGAAGAUCAGCAUACACAGAUUACAAAAGUCUGAAUAUUUUUUUUAUCGGAGAGGAAAAAAAAAACACACACACAAAAAAAAACAACCACGAAGAGUGACAAACUUGAAUAAACUGAAAAAAGGACCUUUUUAAAUGGCAAAAGGACAUAGUGUCAAUUACCAAUUAUAGGAACAAUUCUUUCCUGACCAAUCUUGUUUUGCCCUAUAAAUCUACAGGGUUUGACACUUGUCCACUCGGGGGGCGGGGGGAAAGGUUACGUAGUUCUGAUAUGUAUAUACAUUUUUGUGUCAAAGGACAUUAAAACUUCAAUUAGGAAUUAUAAACAUGGCACUUUCCCAUUUUAUUCCAGUUUUAUAAAAGUGGAGACAGACCUAAUGUGUACACGUAGGAAUUUUUCCUUUUGUGUUCUGUCACCAAACGAAGUUCCGAAAAUAUACAGGUUCACAUCCUGCCCCUUUUUUUGCACUUGUGUGGCAACAGAAAAGUCUGCAGUUGGCUAAGAGAUGUUACUAGAAGGUUUUACUACAUUCUAAUGCAUGUAUUUUGGAUGGGGGAUGGAAAGUAAUGCUCAGAAAGGAAUAUAGUCUGCUGGAGCUUGGCCUGUGUACCAUAUCCGGCUAUUUACAUCCACCUUUCUUUAGCAUGCUACCGUAAUUCAUCCUGGACAAUUGAAGAGUCGCCGCUGUCACUGCUUGUUGUUUGUGCAUUUUAUUUUUUUUUAAGUGUAAUGGUGCUAGAAAAGGCAGCUAGAGGGAGUGAUUCUGUAUAGGGGUGCAGGAAUGAACCUUCGCAACAUCCUAAAGACCCAGAAAUGAAGGGAGAAAAAUUAUUGGGGUCACAGAAAGGAAACACAGCAACAAUGACUUAACCAUACAAAUGUGGAGGCUAUCAACUAAAAUAUGGGCUUGAAACAAAUUGUAACAAAAUUUGACAAUGAUUUAUUGUUUUUUUGCUGAAUUGUAAUGGCUGCUCCAUCUCCUGUGUAAUCAAGGCCAGUGCUAAGUCAGAUGCUAUUAGUGCAUACAUCAGUCAACAUCUUACAUUUGUAUUAUUAGUUUUUC